CUCUUCGCACGUGCGUUCGCCGGCUCCUUCGUGGAGUUAUACGAAGCAGUGAGCUGCCAAGAUGGACGUCGAGCAGCAGCAGCAGGCCAGGAGGCUUCUGUCGAACGGCGCGGCGGCGGCGGCGGCUGACCCGUCGCCUGGCCCCGCAGGGCAUGGGGUGGAAGGCUUUGCGAACGCGGCGGCAACGGCGCGCCCGGCCCCGUUCAGCUCGCUGGACGCGACGGUCAUCACGGUCCUGUCGCUCCUCCUCUGCGUGCUCGUCGUCGGGCUCGUGCUCCACGCGCUCGCCCGGUGCGCGUUCCGCGUCACGCGGCGCGUGUGCUACGGCCAGGAGCCCCCCGGAGAUCAGUAUCACGGCGAGAGAUGCGCGGCGCCGGCCAGGAAGAAGGUUGGCGGGGCCAUCCGGGAGAAGAUCCCCGCGCUGGUGUGGCCGGCCGGCGGGUUCGAUCAGCUCGCCGGGUGCGGCUCGACCGAGUGCGCCAUCUGCCUCGCCGAGUUCGUGCAGGGGGACCGCGUCCGCGUGCUGCCGCGCUGCGGCCACGGCUUCCACGCGCGGUGCAUUGACCGCUGGCUCGCCGCAAGGCAGACCUGCCCGACGUGCAGGCGGGAGCCGUUCGCGAAGCCCGCGGCGGCGCCGGCGGCCGUGCAGCUGCAAGUUUACCCUGACGCCGGCGGCUCGCAUGCACGAGACGCCUUAGCCAACGUGACGAAUCUCGUAUAGUAGGCUCAGUAUUAGUGAACGCAGUGAAUUUUUUUUUCUUUUCUUUUGUCAUCCGCGACGCUGUGGUCAUGAGUUAAUUUCUUUUCUUUUCUGCAGCUGUAAAAACAGGACCAGGUUGUGAGCUGUUCAGGCUUUGUGAAAGAUUUGCUAAUAUACCACGGACGGCUAUCUU